CUGUAAUUCAUGAAGGGAAAUCGAAUGGUAACGAACAAUAACAACAACAAUAAUCUUUAAAGGGCUAGUGUUGGCUACGAAGCCCAUGGCCGGCAUAUAUGGUUGCAUUGAGCUGGGCCUUGUGAUUCUAAUGUUGUUGCAAAAACGAAAGGGUGUGGGUGGAUGGUUGGGCGGCAUGCGCGGUGGGGAAGAGGAAGAGGAAGAGAAAGAGAGAGGGGGAGACAUAGCAGGCCGCCUUGAGCUGGCAUAGGAUGCGACGGUCCGGCAGGGGCAGGGCUGGGCGGUCGACGGAGGCCAAUUCUUUAACUUCCUUCCUCCGUCGAUCAUCCAGCACCAGCAGGAGAAUCCCGUCGAAUCCCCCAACCCAAGGGAGCGCGCGCGUAUGCCUCCUCCAGAUCCAAAGCAACAAGCAACAGACAGCGAGGGGGCACCGGGGUCCGCCGCAUGUGUGUGGUUCAUGGAGGAUCAUGCUUUCCUGCUUACUGCAUUAGCUCCUGACGCGCCACCCUCCCCUCGCGUUCAUUGAUUUCUGUUAUAAUUACUCACAUUAUUAUUGGUAAAGAAAGAAAGGGCACCUCUUCUAAUUUGAUGGGCAUUCCGUUACCGUCUCAACUUCAACGUCAACAACAGUUGAUGCUACUAUGGUUGGAAAUCGGGCAUGGUUUGCAGGUCUUUUCAGCGGCUCGGGCAAAAGGCGACAAGUCAGUGCAGAGAAGAUAGUGCUUGAUCUAACCCCUCUACAGGAACAGAGGCUGCAAAGUCUGAAGGAAAGGCUAAAUGUGCCAUAUGACGAAACUCGGACAGAUCAUCAAGAAUCGCUUAGGGCUCUAUGGAAUGCAUCCUUUCCCGAUACAGAGCUCACUAGCUUAGUUUCAGAACAGUGGAAAGACAUGGGGUGGCAGGGCGUGAACCCAGCAACUGAUUUCAGGGGCUGUGGGUUUGUUUCGCUCGAGAACCUUUUGUUUUUUGCAAGAACAUACCCGCAGGCUUCUUUCAAGAGGCUGAUGCUGAAGCAGCAAGGAAUGCGAACUACAUGGGAGUACCCCUUUGCGGUCGCGGGUGUAAAUAUCUCAUACAUGUUGAUUCAACUGCUGGAGCUCAACUCAGUGCGCCCGAAGUCUUUGCCAGGGAUUAACUUCAUCAAAGUGUUGACAGAACACGAGGAUGCAUUCGACGUGCUGUACUGCAUAGCGUUCGAGAUGAUGGACGCCCAGUGGCUAGCAAUGCGAGCCUCGUACAUGCAGUUCAAAGAGGUGCUGGAGGCCACAAGGCAGCAGCUCGAGAGGGAGCUCUCCCUGGAGGAUCUCAAUGGCAUCCAUGACCUCCCUGCCUGCAACCUCUUGUACAAAUAGUGCUACUGGUAGUUAGAUUAUAUUACUGGGAUGCAGUCAAAGGAAAAUUUGAUCAGGUUACAUCGUAACCAGCAUCAUCAGCCUGUAAAAAAGAAAAAGGAAAAGAAAAAGAGAGAAGGGAGACACACAUCUCUGGUUGUCAGUAAUUCACAUACGCCACAGUUUUGCCCAGGAUCGAUCCAGCCUACAGUAGGGAUACACACACACCACGACCACGUAUAUGUGAAAAUUGAAUUAAGCUGGUCAAAAGGUUGUGUUUGCGUU